UUUUGCCCUAUUCGAUGAGAAUGGCCUGCAGGUGGAUCGAGCAACAGUCAGCGAGGUUGAACGCACUUUUGAGCUGGUGUUGGAAGAGACGAAAAUAGUCCGUAAUGAGUUUGAAGAAGACAAAUCUGUGGCGGAGGCAAUGGCACUGGUGUUUGAGCGACGACCUGAGCUAAGGUCUGAAGGUCUGGCUAUGGCUGUUCUCCAGUGGUAUAUCUGCAGGUUUGAAGGCUGGUUUGCUGCUGACAUCAACGCAAUUUCUGCACAGCUCUGGGACAUGGAAGCACUUACGGAAGGUGGCCAUGGCCUGCUGGUGAAUGGAUAUGAGCCCAUUUUGGACGCAUUAAGCGAGGGGCUGGACAUUCGCCUAAACCACCGAGUGUCAGAGAUCAGGUGGUUGAGAUAUGGUGGGGUACAAGUGGUGACAGAGGACAUGGGAUCUUUUGUCGCUGAUGCGGCGAUCAUCACCGUACCUAUCGGUGUCCUCCAGGCAAAGCGAAUCACCUUCAACCCAAGUCUUCCGGACUGGAAACAAAUGGCGAUUGAUGCUACAGCCGUCGGCAAUGAGAACAAAGUCGCAUUGCUGUUUGAGAAGCCCUUCUGGCCGAACGUGGAAUUCCUUGGUAUUGUUGCGCCCACGCCAUACGAGUGCAGCUACUUCCUCAACUGGCAUAAGGCCACUGGAAAUCCUGUCCUGGUUUUCAUGCCUGCCGGUUCAUUGGCUAAUGAUCUGGAAAUGUUACCUGAUGAGAAGGUAGUUGAAUUUGUGAUGUCCAAGCUACGCUGUAUGUUCCCAAAGGCGCCAGUUACGGAUCCGUUGCAGUAUCGUGUGACGCGAUGGGGCACUGAUGAGGACUCGCUUGGGUGCUAUUCGUACGACAAGGUUGGUCUGUCAGAGACCAAUAUGGAGGCGCUCGGGCAAUCUGUGGGGCCUCUGUUCUUUGCAGGGGAGGCGAUGAGUGAUUUCAUGGGCACGGUGCAUGGGGCAUUCUCAUCAGGUAUACGAGCCGCAGAAGAAUGUCGAGCCCGGUGCGCCGAGAAGUACAUGGCCCUUCAAUUAGCUCUGCCGAUGACCGCUGCUUCAGAGAUGGACAAUCUCAAAGACAAGCGAGCCACUAAGCACUUGCCGCCGCUCAUGGUGUCGCGCUUGGCUGUCGCCUGACCAACGAAUUUAUUGUAUAUGCACCGCACUGCAUUCAAAAAAAAAAAGAAGAAAAAGAACAGGAGAAGCCGAUGUAUUUUAUCUGCACAGCACCACAGGUUAAAAAGAAAGGUGAUUUAUUUUAUGUGCACAGUGACGGGGGCGGCCUCCGUCAGCAGUGGAGCUUUUCUGGAAACACUGUGGUCGGCGAGAAGCACAUGGCAUCUGUAAGUUGUGACUACUUCUGCAGGCGAGCACUACGAAGCACUUGCCGCCUCUCAUGGUGUCGCAUUUGGCCAUCUCCUGACGAAGCACUGGAGCUUGGAGAAACGCUGUGGUCGGGGAAAAAGUACAUACUACAUGGCAUUUGUAAGUUGGAACUACUGCUGCGGACGAGCACUACUUAGCACUUUCCCUCACGCAUGGUGUCGCGCUUGGCCAUCGCCUGACGAACCAAUUUAUUUUAUACGCACUGCACUGCAUGUAAGAUUAAGAAACGAACAGGCCGAUAUGUCCCUCAGGACAUCUUAUCCGCUAAAGUUGGAAGGAUACAGAGAAGAUUAGCAUAGCCCCUGGGCCAAAAAAGGGGGGAAAAACAGAGAGAGAAAGAAAAGAACAAAAAAAAGCAGGCCGAUAUAUCUUAUGUUCACAGCACCACACACGUAAAGAAAAAAGGUUGAUUUAUUUUAUGUGCAUAGUAACGGGAUCUGCCUCGGGAGCUUCUUGAAAGACGGGGGUAUGGCUCUACUGCAAUUUUUGUGGCAACGCCCACGGAAAAGGUGGUGGCUGGCUUACAGCCAUAUUCCCAUGUAUGUAAAAUAAGUUAAAGUUGUGUUAAACAAAUGACAAAAUUAGACAAAUGUGUAUCUUGCUUUACUAUCUUGUAAAUCAACAAAAGGAGAUUGU